AUGGAAACCCUCACCCGUUGGUGGAAGUCCCUCUGGAUUCUCUCAAUACCUCCUAAGAUUAGACACUUUAUUUUUAGGCUUGCUCAAAACUCCAUUCCUACUGCUGAAAAUCUUUAUCAUAGGCACUGCCUUAGCUCUCCUGUUUGUCCUAGAUGUAAUCUUUGUUAUGAGUCAGUGCAGCAUGCUUUGUUUGAGUGUAAGUUUAUGAAGAAGGCUUGGUCAGGUACGUUUUUCAACUCUGCCAUUAAGGGCAUCAAACACUUGAACAUGUUAGAUAUCAUUUUAUACAUACAGCUUAAUUUUUCCAAAGAUGCCUUUAACCUUUUUCUUUGCAUGUUAUGGAAGUGUUGGAAUGCAAGAAAUGCAGCUGUUUUCAGGAACCAAGAGUCGAAGCCAAUGCGCAUUGAACAAGAAGCUCAAGACUAUUUGGACUUUUAUCAAGCAGCUCAGGAUAAGCGGAGGACACAGACCCAAUCUACCACAGACCUUAACCUUUUGGCUUGGGAACCGCCACCAGUGGGCACCCUCAAACUCAAUACGGAUGCUGCUGUAUUUACUCACCAGAACAGAACAGGAGGUGGGGCUCUAGUUCGUGAUCACUCUGGAAAAGUACUUGCAGCAACAACCUUCAAUCGAAUGGGACAGAUGCAACCUCAAGUAGCAGAAGGCUGGGUUUUGUUGGAAGGUCUUAAAUGGUGUCGUGACAAUGGACUUAACAUUCAACAUAUCGAAGUGGAUUGUAAAAACCUCCUCACGGAUCUACAAUCAACCAAUGAAAAUCUUUCAAGCUAUGGAACCAUCAUCAAUGCUAUUCGACGGAUGUUAUCUUCGCUUCCCACUGUAACCCUUCACCACACUAGGCGGCAAGGGAAUACAGAAGCUCAUAAUUUGGCACAAAUGUCCAUAGGGUUAGAUAACACAUGGAGUUGGAAUAGCCAAGACCCCUACCCUUUUCUCCUCUAA